CAAACCAUUAAACUUUUCUUUAUAUUCCAUUUUCUUCUCCAUCUCUCUUUCUCCCCCCCUGCCCAAUUCCAAGCUUUUCUCUCCUUGCAUGAAGCAACUAUUUCUUCUUUCCAAUUCUCCGGUAUUUCCAAGCAAGUAGUGAACCGAACAUGUCUCGCACUUGCUCACAGUGUGGGAACAACGGCCAUAACUCUCGUACAUGCGGGGAGGCCGCCGCCGCCCCCUCCGCUGUCUCCGGUUCUGGUGGCAAAACCGGCGGGGAGAACGGUAUUAUGUUGUUUGGUGUCCGAUUAACGAACGAAGGAUCGUUUAGGAAGAGUGUUAGUAUGAACAAUCUUUCCCAGUUCGAUCAGGGCCCAGUACCGGACUCCAACGCCGACGCCGGCUAUGCCUCAGACGACGUCGUUCACCCCUCCGGUCGUAGCCGCGAGCGCAAGAGAGGUGUUCCAUGGACGGAGGAAGAACACAAACUCUUCCUGUUAGGGUUGCAGAAAGUUGGGAAAGGGGAUUGGAGAGGGAUUUCUAGGAACUUCGUCAAAACACGUACGCCGACUCAGGUGGCAAGUCAUGCUCAGAAAUACUUUCUCCGGCGAAGCAACCAAAACCGCCGGCGCCGGCGAUCUAGCCUUUUUGACAUCACUACUGACACGUUUAAGGGUUCGAUAAUGGAAGAAGAUCAGGGAGCAAACCAAGAGAACGUAGUUGUGCCAGUUCCGCAGCCACAGAUGAAAAGCAAUCUCGGCGUAUUUAGUAUGCCGAAUUUUCCGAUGAGUAUAAGUCCGGUGGUAUUACCGGCGAGCGAGCAGAAUUCCAUGGAGGAGCUGACAUUAGGGCUUAGCAACCAGCCAAAGACAUCAACCAAUCUCAUCCGUCCGAUACCUGUCCUUCCGGUUCCUCCAUCUUCAAAAAUGGCUGAUCUUAACUUGAACCAGACAUCAUCCGCGACGGACUUAUUGCCUCUGUCGCUGAAGCUCUCGACUCCGAUGUCGCCCGACAAGCCGGCAGCGUCGCGUUCUUCGGCUUUCCAGGCGAUGUCAAGUGGUGAUAACAUAAUCAGUGUUGCGUGAUGGUGAAGAUGAAAUGAUAAUAUGUAAAGUGUGGAAGAUGGAAAGAAUGAUAAAAUAGUGGGAUAAAAAAGGUAAUUAACUAAAGAUCGGGGGAGUUUAGAGAAAUAGAUUAAGUAGGUGAUUAGGUGAUUGAUUCCUUUUGGGUUGUACAGGUUAUGAAAAAAGAUGGGCUGUCUUUAUCGGUUGCGGGAGGAUUCUUGUUUCUUUUGUCUGCUUCCAUUUGUGUUUAAAUGAUAAACAGCUGCACCAGGUACUCUCCCUGUUUAUUUGCUGCA